AAGCAACAAUUCCUGGCGUCACAACACAGAGAUAAAACGUAUUUUGUCCUUCGAGUUUUCCAUGUAUAGGAGUUUAGUGUCACAAAUGUUGUGUGCGGAUAGUGGUGAACAGUAUCAGUUAAUUGAUAUUAUUUGUUGGACUGCGAUGACAAGCGCAACAGGUUACCGAGCAUCACUGCGUCAUGGCACUGCGGCAUAAUUUCCCAACAUCCUUUCAGACACUGUGGAGUGGACGUUCUAUCAACUAAGGUGCGAACCUCAACCUACAAACCUUUGCUUGUGUGUCUCUAAUGGUGUUUGGGACAUUCAUUUUAAAAACGUAUUGAUGAGUUUCCAUUAAACUUAAAAUCUGCAUGCUGACUUGAUCUGUUAUCGAUAGGAAGAAAGUGAUCUAACCAGCCAGACAAUGUGUGCAUCAGCUAAAGAACAUUUACUCGGAUCUUCUCAAUUAGUUCCACGCAAGGAGCGGAAGUCGUGCGUAAAGGUCUGAAUGCCAUGCGUGUGUGCAUAGCCUUGCCUGUCUGUCGGUGGAUAGUGUGUUAAUGAAUUUCCCAUUCAGUCUUUAAUAACUCCAGACCGCCCUGUCGCUCUCAAUUUCCUAGUGACAAUGAAUGGCAACAAACUUGACUUCGACUCUAACGAGCAACUUUUCCCAAAACACCCUACGUCAUCAACGAAGGUGGAUCAUAAAUGGCAACUUAUUUAUAAAGAGCAGUAGGAUCAUGACCUCUCCGACGCAUCUGUGGCUCUGUCAAGAGACAGGCAGAUGAAUAUUGUUUGCGGAAAAACUCGUCAAUACACAGCAUUGUAAGGGCAUCGUGAGAGAUUCUAAGACAACUGCCUUAUGUCCCGUCUCCCCAAAACACGGAUAAUAUUCACCAUUUAAAUUCUGCCUUUUGGGACCUCGAGGAUGAACCUGUUUGAACUUGGAACCCUGUCCUUCUUCGCCACCACCACCAUCGUGUCUUUCCUGUCAAUUGUGCUGCUCGUAACCCUAUCGCAGCAGCUAUGGACUCUGCGAUGGUCCAUCACCAGGGACAGAGACAGCGACUUACCGAUCCCUAAGGGGUCCAUGGGGUGGCCAGUAGUCGGGGAAACACUCUACUGGCUUUUCCAGGGUUCAAACUUUCACGUCACACGGCGUGAGAAGUACGGCAGUGUUUUUAAAACGCAUCUUUUGGGGAAACCAGUAAUUCGCGUGACCGGAGCAGAGAACAUUCGCAAGAUUUUGAUGGGCGAACAUAACCUGGUGUCCACGCAAUGGCCACAAAGCACACGCAUCAUCUUGGGUCCUAACACUUUGGCCAACUCGGUCGGUGAGCUUCACAAGCGCAAACGAAAGAUCCUCGCACACGCGUUCAGUCACGCCGCGUUUGAAACGUAUAUCCCCCGCUUACAAGAUGUCAUCAAAAAAGAAGUUGCCAAGUGGUGCUCAGAACCCGGUUGUAUUGAUGUCUACGCCGCAACCAAGAUGCUCACCUUCCGUAUCGCGAUGCAGGUGCUUCUGGGGCUGGAUGCAGCGGACACCCAAAUGGAUUACCUUUCCAAAACGUUUGAGCAACUAACAGAUAACCUAUUCUCGCUCCCCAUUGAUGUGUCUUUCAGUGGCCUCCGUAAAGGUAUAAAAGCCAGAGAUACCCUCCAUAACUUUAUGGAGAAAUUGAUUGAGGAAAAGCUCCAGAAACAAUGGGAUGGAUAUAACGACGCUUUUGAUUAUAUCUUGGGUAGUGCCAAAGAAAACCACUACGAUAUAACUCUCCAAGAGCUGAAGGAGACUGCAGUAGAACUAAUUUUCGCCGCACAUGCCACCACAGCCAGUGCCUCAACGUCACUCAUCCUGCUCUUGCUCCUGCAUCCUGCUGUAGCCCAGAAAUCCCGGGCGGAAAUUGAGUCAUCGGAACUCGGGCGCACUAUAAGUAGAAUGAGUUCCCCCCGUCUGUCACCAGAAAACUCAGUGGAAAGGAGCAAGGACUGUAAACUAGAGUCUGUUCCAGCAGAGCAUCACAGCACUACUGCCACUGCCCAAAUACACGGGAAAGUUGGACCAAGGUAUCAUCUACCCCACCUGACCUUGGAAAAACUAAGCCGAAUGCGGUAUUUAGACUGUGUUGUAAAAGAAGUACUCCGACUUCUCCCACCUGUUUCUGGCGGUUACAGGACAGUUCUGAAGACGUUUGAACUAGAUGGAUUUCAGAUCCCAAAAGGGUGGAGCGUCAUGUACAGCAUCCGUGACACGCACGAGACCGCCCCGGUGUACCAAUGCCCGGACCUGUUCGACCCGGAACGCUUCGGAGCGGAGCGAGACGAGGCGGGGAAGGGCCGCUUCAGCUACGUGCCCUUCGGCGGAGGCGUGAGGGGCUGCGUCGGGAAGGAGCUGGCUCAGGUGAUCAUCAAAACCCUGGCCGUGGAGCUGCUGGGCACCACCGAUUGGAGGAUGGCCACCAAGAAGCCGCCCAGGAUGCAGACGGUCCCCGUCGUCCACCCCGUCAACGGCUUCCAUGUUCACUUCAACUACAAGCACCCCUGAGACAGUCCCGUACAGUCCCAUAUGUGUCCAAGAGCUUCCACUACAUCACAACCACACAUUUAUUGUUUGGGUGGCUGCAGCCUGUGUCAGCAUACGAUAAGCAAACACACAACCAUAACUGUGUUUCUGUAUGAAAGAAACAUGUCAAGGAAAGGAUGUCUGACAGGGCGGAGACCCCAUAGUCUUGGGUUUCUGUACAUGCAGACAGGCAGUUAGUGGUGUACAGUUCCUCAACUUUAGAUACAAACAUGGUUUUAAACCAGAAGAGGCUCAAUCCCUCAUGAGAGUGAAUGGAGAAUGUAUAGCUUUUGGCAAAAACAAUGCAUUUGAGAAGGACCAGACAAUGGUGGAUAGAAAACAGGAAGUUGAACAAA